GACGAGAGUCAUUUUUAUGCUGUUUUCCCAGUCGAACGAAAACAAAGCCGGAUGAUAGCAGAGUGAAGUAAACUUGAACAGAUUUGAACCAAAUCAUAGCAUGAUAUCCAAAAGGGUACCCCAAACCGUGUUUCUGUUAUUACUGUGCGUGUUUUGCAUGUACCAAGUGCAAGAAUUAGCAUUGGAGAGUGGCGAGGCAUCUAAGCACACUUAUGCUAGACCACCAAUAUCUCCCGUGGUAUUUGAGCUCACUGGGAGUAAUGACUACGAUGAGCAUGACUUGAAUGAAGUGAAUGCAGAAUUUAUCGAUGAUUCCAAGCCUGUAAAUCACCAUGAUGCUACCUCACCUUCUAUGGUACAAGCGAAGCCUUCAAAAGGUGUGCGAGAGAAACCUGACCCAAUCAAUACCAUAUGGGUGACCAUGGCCUUGUGCUGGUCGGAGAACACCCACUAUCACGGAAAAGGCCAAUUCCCUUACAAGGAUGCCUUACCACUGUCCAGUCAGCUUUGGCUGAAUUUGACCACGGCCAGAGUAAUCGCCCAAAUUGUCUACACCGAGCCUUCGAUAUCGGAUGAAUUGCGCUCGUAUCAAUCCCAACUCGAGAGCUACGGGGUUUUGGUGAAAUUGGUUCCCGCCCAAACGAUGGACUGCGUUUUGAAGGCCCAAUUGAUCAGGGUAUUGGUUUUCGAUCUACCAGAGGUAUCGCCUGAAGAUGUCGUGCUGUCUGCCGAUGUGGAUGCUUUCAUAAUGACCCCGAAGAUGGUGUUGCCUAUUAAGGUCCUCCGUCGGAAACAGAUCUGGAUUUAUCGCUACGCCUCGACCUUCGACUUGGGCAACACGUUUAUGCUCUCGUUCAUUGGAGCGAGAGCGAAGACGUGGAAGCAAAUCCUGGAUUACAACGGAGAUAUCCCACAAAUGAUGGCCACCUACAGUCAGCGGAUGAACUUACCCGAAGACUACACCUGGGACCGAGACCAGCACAUCGUAUCUUACGCCAUUCUCAAGAGCCAACUGUGUUCCUUGCCCAAGGACAACAAGCUCUGGAAGGAAUUGAACCUAGAACCCAACGAACGGGACGAUAGCCAGACUUGUUGGCAUGGAAGUGGAGCCUUCGAAGAUUGCAACAACAAAUUGUGGUCUAGGAACAUCUUGAUUCGAUACCACGGAGGAGCCUGUAAAUGGUGGCAUUUUUAUCCCACCGAAUCGGUCCAGGAUCUUCAGGCCAAGUUCGGUGAAAUCAUGUCCGGUCAAGCGGAAAGUGGAAUGUUUACUCAAUUGGUCGGAAAAGCCAAGGCCAUGUCUCAAACUUAUCUCGGGAAGUCGCUUAUCUGAGCGGCCGAACAAUCCCCUACACACGUUAUUAUUCAUGCAGUUAUUGUACACUCAUUACCUAUAAAAGCGUUUUAUGCAUUCUAUCAAUACUAUGCUCUCUGACCCGA